AUUGGGAGUAGUUGUGUAGUGUUAAAACAAGCUAGACCUUAAGGCAAGAUUACUCCAUAUUGUUCAACUAGAACCAUGCCCGUUUAUUUUAGUCUUUUACAGCAUUUUAUGGUUGAAAACUUAAAUAGCUAGAAUAGAUGCCAAAACAAAGGAAGUCGUUAACACUUGACUGCCUUAAGAAUUACUUCGGUCGAACACUGGAGGAAGCUGCCAAGGAGCUAGGGGUUUGUUCGACAGUAAUCAAAAACGUUUGCAGACAAUAUGGAAUUAGAAGGUGGCCAUAUCGAAAAAUUCAGAGCAUUAAUAGACUCAUCGAAUACUUAGAACAGCAACUGCGUGAAGACUCGAAAGGAGAGAAGUUUUUGGGAGACGAAAAAAAGAGAAGGGUAAUUAAUGAACUGAGGCGCCUUCAAAGACAGAAAGACCGUGUUCAAGCUUUUCCUGAGAGUGCGAGUGGACAAGAGAUGGGUGACGAAGAGCUAGAAGAUAGCGAACCGGAUAAAAUGCUAACUGAGACGAAACUAGAAUAUCCGAGCAGUGAGAGCCUUGGCAGCUUCGAUGCUCAAGAGAAAUCCAAAACUAUAGAGGAAACACAACAACUGUUUCUUGGUUCUUUUCAAACAGUAGAUGUGCCUGAAGAAGAGAUUAUCAGAAGAACAGCGGAACAGUCUUCGGGUUUCCAAGGAGAACCGUUCUAUCACACUUCCGCACCAGUCACUGACCUCAAUGAAAUCAAGGAUAAUCAACACGGUAAAUGUUUCAUGGCGAAUGAACAUUUUCAUCCGUAUUCUUCACAUUACUUGGCGGAUACUUCCUUGGCAGACUUCCAAAUGAAGGGCCUCACAGUAGGACUAGAAGAGGGGACACAAUCAUCAACAGCUCGAAGUGGCUCUAGUUAUUCAUAUGAACAUCUUUGGGCUCCAUCAGAAAGUUUGCGUAACGAAGACAAGGUCAUAAGUGGAUCUUCCGCUAAUGAAUUUGAAAGGGAUAAUGCAGAAAUAAGAAGAGGAACUGUGGGAGAAUUGCAACAGCCGUUGCGAUCUUCAGCGUCCAGUGCACGUUCAGAAAGUGUCACGCAAGAAGAAGUUUACACAGAGAUGACUGACUCCUCCCGUCUUAGUUAUCUAAAUCCAAGUCAAAAUUUUGCUAAAUUUCUAAUGAACUUGGGACCGCAAGGAGUUCAAGCAUUGGGUCCUGAGCUUAUUGUUCAACUUGCACAACAAUAUUAUGAGGAAACCACACGUUCGUCAUGUUUUGGUUGUCAGACGUACGAGGAUAUGGAAGAUACACUAUACAAUAUUCGUUUGUUGAAAGGAAGAAUAGAAGAUUUGGAGAGAGAAUGCAUGAUAUUGAAAUUUCAAAAUGAGGUCCUCAGCAGUCUAGUUGCCAGUCAAAAUAAUACUAAUUUAAGUCAGAGUUAGAUGGGAUGAUUGGUAUCUUUCUCUUUGUACAACAGUUGAAUAUAUUUAUUCUUAUAGUUUCAAUCAUCACGUAGUUUUCAUAUUUGUCGAAGAUCUGAAUGAACUACGUUGCAGAAGAGGGUUUUUUUGGCAUACGCUGUUUUGAGACGGCUGACAUAUUGACUUGUCUAUCAACACCCGUUUAUAGAAUGAUAUUAUUUUAUAACCAUUACGUUUUAGCUUUUACUUCGGUGAUUUCAUUUUUUGUUUUAAAAAUUAACAUAAAGAGAGAGAGAAAGAGAGAAAGUGAACUAUAUUAUUGAUCCUUCCUCUAGAAAGAAGAAUAUGAGAUUUUGCCAUUUUCU